UGUUAUGAAAAUCUCAGUGUGUAUAAUCAUCUGCUUGGCUCUAGCAGUAGAGAUUGUAGCUGAUUCGCUUGAUACGGAAUUGGAUUUCAAAGAGAUAGCAACAGAAGAUUUGAAAGAUCUUCUAUUCACUUCAAUGCAGAGCAUCAUCUCUCUGAAUGACCUGGUGACUGGACUUUCAAAGCAGAUGGCUGAACUGACCAUAUCAUCCGCACAAACCACAGCGAAGAUGGAGAUAUCCACCGCAGAGACGAGCAUCGCUACAGCAUCACUGUCCAGAGAGUUGGAAGACUUGAAGAAGAAGAUCUCCACGAUGAACGAAAACUUUACAGAUCUAGAAAGCAGGUGCACUGAAGCCUCUAAGAAGGAUAAAGGCCCAUGGAAGUGUUACAACUACACAGAAUCUGACAGAGAAUGGAGAGCGAAUCAUGAAGCGACAGAGGCAGAGAUGUGUGAGCGAGUGACAGGAGGAAAGUUCACUAGAGGAAAGAACGAUAUAGUUCCUGAUUGUGGGACAUGUUGGUGCUGUCAGGAUCAGUCAGCUUUGAUCCCGGUGAAUGGAGGCUGGGGAGUGACUGGGGCGAGUGUUCUGCAGAGUGUGAUGGAGGAGUACAGACCCGGGAGAGGAGCUGUACAGACCCAGCACCAGCACACGGGGGAGUAGAGUGCAGUGGAGAGGGAGAGGAAUCCAGGGAUUGUAAUUCAGAACAAUGUCCUGAUUACACCAUGUACAUUCUCUGUGAUGACGUGCUGACUAUCUAUGUAGACGGUGCUGAGAGAGGAGCGGCUGGGUUGAGUACUUGGAACGUAAUGUCUACCUUGAACAUUCCAGCUUCUAGCGAGCUCAUUGCUGUCAAAUGCAUCGAUCAAUAUGGAGGAGGAUAUGGAUUUUAUGGAAUCAUAGGUUCGGUUCAAGAUGCUAAAGGAGGUGAUAUCCUGGCGACAGACAGCUCCUGGAAAUGUUCUAAUACCUGGGAAAGUGGAUGGAAUCUUGCUGGUUUUAAAGAAGGUAACACCUGGAGAGCAGCCACAGAUCUUGGUGAUGGUCAUUUCAUGAUGGACCAGAACGGAGGCUGGAAGGAUGUACCCUCGCCCAACAAGAGAGCUAUCUGGACUGAUAGCAGCUCAGAUACUACUGUUUAUUGUCGUAAGACUAUUAAAUAGUCUCACUAGUCACUACAUCGCAACACAGCUAAAACCUACAGUAAUGACAAACAAACAACGCAACUCAAUUGUAGCAUAAACACUAUUCGAUUAAAAGUAAAGCUGGAGUUGUUGAAUGAACAUUGGCAUCGUAAUAAAAUUCAAUCAAAAUGAACAAUUUUCUAAAUAUGGUGUAUUUUUCUCCGUAUUCAUUGGUAUUUUUAGAA